AGAAGGCGGGGUUUGUCGGAAAAGCGGUGGUAUAAAAACAACACCUACAACGUUAAACGAAGCACAAAAACGACAUUGAGGCUUAAUAACGUCUCGUCACUUUCUGCUUAAACAUACAAGAUUUACAUAAACACCUUGUUACAGGUGAUUUGGAGCAGUUAUGGCUCGUACAAAACAGACAGCCCGUAAAUCUACAGGAGGAAAAGCGCCCCGUAAACAGCUCGCCACUAAAGCGGCUCGAAAAAGCGCGCCCUCUACAGGUGGGGUGAAGAAACCGCACCGUUACAGGCCUGGUACUGUGGCUUUACGUGAGAUCCGACGUUAUCAGAAAUCCACAGAGCUGCUGAUCAGGAAGCUGCCGUUCCAGAGACUCGUCCGAGAAAUUGCUCAGGACUUUAAAACUGAUCUGAGGUUUCAGAGUGCAGCAAUAGGAGCUCUGCAGGAGGCAAGUGAAGCAUAUCUGGUAGGUCUAUUUGAAGACACUAAUCUGUGUGCUAUCCAUGCCAAGCGUGUCACCAUCAUGCCCAAAGACAUCCAGCUGGCACGACGUAUCCGUGGAGAACGUGCUUAACGCACAUACAUGCUAUUACAAAAAAUGUGCAUACACACAACUACACACACGCUCCUAAUUACACACACUCACAUGUUAAACAAGGUUGAUCUGUGAAUCUGUCUGUCUCUCCUUCGUGUGUGUGAAAUAACAUGGAGGCUCCUGAUUGGUUGUAGGUUUUGGUGUUCUACAUUAUUGGGUUGUUCUGGUUGUGUGUUACUGUGCUUUUACAUUUUUCUUAUUUUUAAUCUCAGUAAAAAAGAUUUUGUCAUUUUCACCAGUAUAAAGCCGAAUAUAUUGUGCUUCACUUUAUUGGCGUCUUUACUCUGACAGUGAGACUGAUUUAUAAACACACUUUUUUUUUCUUUCUUUCUUUCUUUUUUUUAAUUGUUAAUUCUGAGCUCAUGUUUAUUAAUCUGUGUGUCAUUAGCAGGUUUUUCUACAUUGUUUUGUACAAAAUGUAUCUUUGGGUAUCAGAUUUUAUUCAAUAGAUAAAUAAAGGUGUUGUUUGGCCUGA